CUCGUUCACGCCGAACCCACCCGAUUCCCCCGACCUCCGAUGCCGGCGGGCCGCAACGUAGCCGGAGAUCCGCCGUACUGGUGAUCGCCGCACAACAGCGAUGGAUCGCCUCCUGCUCUCCCGGCCCCCGAUGCCCACCCCCGUCCACGCCGCUGACAUGGCCGCGGACGGCGACCUCCUCGAGCUCGAUGUCCUCUGGCCCGCCUCCUCGGCCCCCGGUCUCCUCGCCGCGCUUCCCGAUGACGAGGCUAAGAAGAAGAAGAAGCGCGCGGGCGGGCCCGCGGUCCGAUCGGCCUCCCGCGCCAUCCCGGAGAAGGCCGCGUUGACCCCUGCGGCGGCGGCGGCGAGGUCGGCUCCGGUGCGCAUACCGUCGGAGACCGCGGCACGGAGGGGGAGAUGGGCCCACGCCGUGGGCGGAGGCGACGACGGGGACGCCAUGGUUCCGCCGCACGAGAUCGUCGCGCGGCGCGCGGCUGCGCACAACUCGGUGCUGGAGGGGGCCGGGAGGACGCUCAAGGGCCGCGACCUCCGCCGCGUCCGCAACGCCGUCCUCCGCCGCACCGGCUUCCUCGACUGAGAGGCGGAGGCGAGUCGCCUCGUCGCUUUCGCGAUAAAAGUUUUGACUUCUUUUGAUUUUUCCCCUUUCGUUGCAUCGGUUGCGUUUCCGGCUGUUUUGAUUUCAUUCCCUGAUGGGAGGGGGAUGAGGUGAGAUGAGUGAGCGAGGAUUAUACCACGGCAAUAACAUUGAUGUUCCAUUCCAUCACAUAUAUAUGGAAAUUUUGGCCAUUAUA